AAGUGCGCACCCACCUGACCCUCUCCGUCCCAUUCAUCACCACCAUCACCGUGGCAAUGGUAAUGUCGAUGUUGCCUUACACCUACCCAUUGGCUCUGCUCGUCGUCCUCGUCGUCCUCGGUGUUGCCGCCCCCCCUGCACUUGUCCGGUCGGACCCAGAGCCUGGGCCGAGCGUGGAAGCCAUCAACGCCACAUGUGCAACCGCUUCUUCCCAGGUAUAUUGCAGACAGUUGUUGUUAGACAACCUGGACGUGAGGACGCCGGAGGUGAAGGACGUGAUCGGGAUGUCGGUCCAAGUGGCGGCCAAGAAGGCGGCGGAGGCGGCCGCAGUCUACAAGGCCAACAAGAACCCCUCCAAGUGCAUCGCGGGCUGCAUCCACGACCUGGCCGUGCUGACCAAGAUGAUCGAUGCAGUCCGGGACCCGGCGGUGCUCAAAACCGCCAAGGACGCGGGCUAUGAUGAGUUCGAUUCCAGGAACAAGAAAUGCGGAAAUGAUUGCACCAUCGACAUGUCAAACCAAGAACGCGCCGACCAGAUGGCGUUCGUCUUUGCGGAAGGAGCUCUGCACGUCACCGAUGACCUCUUGAAGAGGAGGGCCUUCUUCAACCAGAAAAAGGCAUGAAUGUUUCCAAGAAGAACACAACUCAAGGCCCAAGGAUCAUCUCAAGUCUGAAAUCUGAAGAGGAGGAUCGAUGCAUGCAUGCAUGCCGUGAUCGAUUUAUUUUGCAUUUUUUGAUUUUUUAUAA